AUGGCUUCAAAAUCGUGUCUCAUUCUCUGUGUUCUUGCAAUCUGGAACAUUGAUUUAGCUCAAGGAAGUUCAGCAACCCAUGAAGCCCCAACACCAUCAUUGGACUGCACAAACCUUGUCUUAACAAUGGCUGAUUGUUUGUCUUUUGUAACAAACGGUAGCACAAGAACAAAACCAGAAGGUAACUGUUGUUCUGGUUUGAAAUCUGUUCUCAAAACCGCUCCUUCUUGUCUAUGUGAGGCGUUCAAGAGUAGUGCUCAGUUUGGUGUUGUCUUGAAUGUCACCAAAGCUACCUCUCUUCCUGCUGCAUGCAAAAUCUCUGCUCCAUCUGCUACUAAAUGUGGAUCUGGAGGUCUCUCUCCACAACCAUCUGCACCUUCUCCAACUUCUUCUGGCUCAUCUUCAAGUUUGAGUGGUCCUGUAAAUGAGUUAUCACCAGCACCAGCACCAACACCAUCUCUAGGGAGCACAGCAUCGGAACAAUUCCCAAUUUCAAUUAUAUUCUUACUUGUUUGCCUAUUGGUGGCUAUAAUAUCACUUUUUUAA